AUGGCCCCGUUCGAGGCUUUUUAUGAGAGGAGAUGCAGGUCUCUUAUCUGGUGGUUUGAUGCAUCUAAAGUAAGGCCAUGGGGCAUAGAUCUUUUGAGGGAGUCAUUCGAUAAAGUCAAAGUGGUUCAAGAAAAGCUCUUGGCUGCUCAGAGUAGGCAGAAGAAGUACGCAGAUCUAAAGGUCCGAGAUCUUGAGUUCACGUUUGGAGAACAGGAUUCUGUCUUGUUGGAUGAGAAUCAACCUAUUGCUAUUCUGGAUAAAGAGGUUCGUAAGUUGAGGUCGAAGAAAAUCGCGUCAGCGAAGGUUCAGUGGAAGAAACGUCCUGUUGAGGAAGCUACAUGA